UCCAGUAUAUGGCAGCAAUAGGUAUAUAAACAAGAUCACCGUGUUCAAUUGAUUUUGUGCGGAACUUAGCCCUGCCCAGUAUUUAAUUAUUUUCUUACUUAGAGAAUUUUUACAAUUUAUUAGUUUCUUUAUACACAAAUGAAUCUCAUAUAAGUGUUCAGUUCAAAUUUAACUUUAAUUCAUUAUACUUAGAAUCUUAUUCUUUAUUACCGUGUAAGCAAAGUGCCUGGAGCAAAUUUGACAUUUUCACAGAACUUGUCAUUGAUUUGUCUUAAACACAAAGAAAAAUGUCUCAAAUGCCUGGUAACGAAAUUAGAAUCAAAACUGUUUACAAUGGUGGCGUAAUGAUAACUUAUAUAGAAUAUACAGUCACUCUUGAGGACUUCUGUAAAGAAAUGAGAGAAAUAUGCAAGUUUAGUAACGAUCAAGUAUUUACCAUUAAAUGGAUUGAUGAAGAAGGAGAUCCGUGUACAAUAUCUUCGCAGGCCGAACUAGAUGAAGCUCUUCGUCUGUAUGAUGUAAAUAAAGAUUCAGAAUUAACUGUACAUGUAUUCCCUAGUGUACCUCCCUUACCAGGAAUGCCCUGCAUCGGCGAAGAUAAAAGUAUUUAUCGUCGUGGUGCCCACCGUUGGAGAAAACUUUAUAAAGUCAAUGGCCAUUUAUUUCAGGCAAAACGUUUCAACCGCAGGGCUUAUUGUGCCUUUUGUGUCGAUCGUAUUUGGGGUUUAGGACGACAAGGUUUCAAAUGUGUCAAUUGUAAGCUCUUGGUCCAUAAAAAAUGCCACAAACUAAUCAAGCUGCAGUGCCUCGUGGGAUUAGAAUCUGGUGGUAAUGCUGCCAAUCGUAUGAGUAAAUCCGAUAAAAUAUCGUCAAACGGUGAAUUAAAUGAAAGUGGAAGUCAACUCUCGAGAUCUGGAACACCAGCAGCUAAGAAAAGGCAAAACCAGAUCAUGGAACUAAGAGAAAGUCUGUCUCAAAAUGAGCAAGUGUCUGUUCAAGAUAUUGAUCAGGCUUCCAACGACAUGGCUUUGUCAGGCUCCAGGCAGUUUACCCUUCACGAUUUCGAUUUGCUGAGAGUGAUUGGAAGAGGCUCUUAUGCUAAAGUUUUAAUGGUUGAGCUUAAAACCACAAAGCAAAUUUAUGCCAUGAAAAUUAUCAAGAAAGAGCUGGUUGCUAUGGAUGACGACAUAGAUUGGGUGCAAACGGAAAAACAUGUUUUUGAAACGGCUUCUAACUACCCUUUUCUUGUUGGGUUACAUUCCUGUUUUCAAUCCCCAAGUAGGCUUUUCUUCAUCAUUGAAUUUGUGCGGGGAGGAGAUUUGAUGUUUCAUAUGCAACGUCAGCGCAGAUUGCCAGAGGAACAUGCAAGAUUUUACUCGGCAGAAAUAUCCUUGGCAUUGAAUUUUCUUCAUGAAAGAGGUAUAAUUUACAGGGAUUUAAAGUUGGAUAAUGUUCUUUUAGAUCAUGAAGGGCAUAUCAAGUUGACUGAUUAUGGAAUGUGUAAGGAAGGUAUUAGACCAGGAGAUACAACUAGCACAUUUUGCGGUACACCUAAUUACAUUGCUCCUGAAAUUCUGCGGGGAGAAGAUUACUCGUAUGGAGUCGAUUAUUGGGCUUUGGGUGUUUUGCUCUAUGAAAUGCUUGCUGGGCGUUCACCAUUUGAUAUUGUUGGCGCUGCAGAGAAUCCUGAUCAAAAUACAGAGGAUUUUCUUUUUCAAGUUAUAUUGGAGAAAACCAUACGUAUUCCAAGAUCUAUCUCUGUUAAAGCCCAAUCUGUUUUAAAAGGAUUUUUGAAUAAAAAUCCUGUUGAGCGUUUAGGAUGUCACCCCCAAUCUGGUUUUUCAGACAUCACCUCACAUGCCUUUUUCAAGAGCGUCGAUUGGCAGCUGUUAGAAGCAAAGCAAGUGCCUCCUCCUUACAAACCUAAAUUGGAAACCGAUCGAGAUCUGGAACAUUUUGAUCCUCAAUUCACUAGCGAGCCUGUGCUUCUCACCCCCGAUGAUUCAAGUGAAAUUGAGAAAAUUGAUCAGAGUGAAUUUGAAGGUUUUGAAUAUGUCAACCCAUUGCUAAUGUCUCUGGAAGAUUGUGUUUAGAUUAUUAAAAUUCUGAUAAAUUGACUUAAAUAAUAAGCAAGGUGAAACUGAUAUUUUUAGAUAUUUAUGUUUUGUGUUUGUUGAUUUACACUUGUAUAUUUUGGCAUCAAAUUGAGCUUUAAAUAAAAAUCAAAUGCUAUGUACCCUAUAAAUAGCAUAAAACAUAAAGUAAUAAUGGGAGCUAUGUUUACAUCUACAUUAAAUGUUUUGGUGCAAAGUAGUACCAGUAUUAACCUAUAUUCACAUAUUUUAAUCAAGUAGUGGUUUCUUGAAGGAAAAAACAAGUUCAAUGUGGAAACUAUAAUCAUUCACUUUUUUUUUGUAGUUAUGAUAAAAUAAUCUGUGAUUCAAAUAUCCAUGUUUGAUACAUGUAGUGAAUAAAGUUGUAUUUGUAAUUUUCACUUAAGUUUUAUAUUAUCUAUGCCUAUUUUGCAUAUUAAAAUAUGUACAUGCUGCUAUUGUUUAUAUGGAUCUUUAAAACUAUUGUUAUAUGUAUAUUUUAGAUUGAAUUACAAUUUAUAUUGCUGUUGACUACAUUCCAAUUUUUAUGCUUGUGCUUUAGUUUAUAAGUUUUACUUUUCAACCUCAUGAUAAAGUUAAACUCACAGUAUUCAACCUUUUUUAGUGUAGGCAGAAUUUGUAUUUGUAGCAUAGUUUGAAAUUAAAUUUAAAAAUAGUCGAUUGUUAAAUUCUAAGAAAGUGAAUUAUAAAAGUAUAAACUAAUGAAGUAGCUUGUUUUACAAUAUUUCAAGUAUAAAUAUAAAUUUCAGUAUUAGAUGCUCUAAUAACAUUUAAGAAUUGUUUUCUUAUGAUCUACUUAUUAAAACUAAAAUAUGUCACCUUCUUACCUUAAAAAAUAUAACAAAGUUUGCAUUAAAAUCUUAACAAAGCAGAAAUUUUACAAAUAUAGCUCAUUGAAACUACCUACAUUUCUUUCUGGUGUGUGAAUUAACCUCUUUCUAACGUCACAUACGGAGAAAAAUAAUACCUAACUUCCUUUAAAUAUCUUAUAUUUUCUGUGAUUAAUAAAUCUUACCUACCUAAUGCAAUUCUUUAGUAAUAAUCUGUUUGCCAUUGACUUCUAUAGAGGUUUUAAAAAAACUUUCAAAUGUGUGAAAUUAAGUCUGCAAUAAUUACUUACUCAUGCCAGAGAUAACUGCAACCUUAAUACUUUAUUUUAAAAUAACUCUUUCCGUUAUAAUUAUAUAUAGAAACAGCUUCUUAGUCAAAUUUUUAUUCAGAUUUAAAAGCACUAAUUUAAAUUAACAUUUAUUACAGCAGUUAAAUUUUGAUUAGUUUUGUUCAAUAAUUUUUUUGUAAAUAAGAGGAGUCAAUAUGAUACUUGACAUUUAUUUGAGAUGCUUUUAUACUAUGUACUCAAUACUCCUGCUCUGUAUGUUUCCUAUACAGUAUUGUAGUACUUGAAAAAUGUUUUGUGACUUAUGGAUAAUUUAAAAUACUUUGCCAGGUCAAGCUGAUGAGUUGAGUACUGUGAGUUUAAUUUGGACAUACAUAACCAACAAAUAUACGUAACUUUAAACUCACUAAGACAUCUUAUUUUUAAGUAUGACUAUUAAAAUGGGAGUUUUACUAAUAAACUAUAAUAAAUAAAUUUGGACUUGUUUUAUGUUUACAAUCAAUUUCAAGAAAUGUUAUUUUAAGAUUGCCUCAAUAUAAUUGUCAUCUUUUUCUUCUUUUUUUAAUUUUCUGCCUUUUUAUUGCUAAAGCACUUAAUUGUCAAAGUAUUGCUUGUAUAUAUAUAUAUCCCAAAUUCUUAUUUUUAUAAGAAUACAUUUGUGUUUUGAACCCCUGAAAAUAAGAAUUACUAGUAAUUUAAUGUUUAUAUUUUUGAUGUUAGUGCAUAGAUAAUUCCAGUGAUAUUUACAUAUUUAUACACAAAAAAUGUAAAAUGAAGUAAUUUCUUUGGGUAAUUUAUUAAAGGUCUUGUUUCUUAAA